UCCAAUGCAUACCGUCAAAAUAACUGGAACUUGAUAAACAAAAUUUGGAACAGAAAACGGUAUCAUGCGUCAUUGUGCAAGAAGUGAGUGUUUGGACAGGACUACUUUUCCACUGGCGCGCUACGACAUCAAUAUCACCAAUGUUAAAACCUGGUAGAUUCAACAUGCUUCAUACCUCUAUAGAGGUCCUAGCUAAACAAAACAAACUCCGACCGCGGACCCAGCAGUCCCAGAGGCGAGAUGGACUCCCCGUCCUCCGGAAAAGGGAGCCACUGAAAGCCGUAAGGACUCCAUUUACCAACGAGGUAUUCUAUCCGUGGCCGGAAGAGGAGGAAUUACGACCAGAAACUCCUUUUGUGAAAACGAGGCUGCAGCGUCAGGUGCUAGGAAGCGGAGGGAGUCGCAGUAAUGUUCCCAGCGAGACAGCUGAUUUGUUCGGAUCUAAUGGCAUGUAUAAGCGAUCGAUCGGGUUCGAAUCCCCGACGUUGAUCCUCCGACGGGCCAACAGCCGUGAGAAGAAUCGAUGUGGUACCCCUUUACCUCUGGAUCAGCCACUGACCAAGCUGUGUUGGAAUAACGGACUAGAAGAAGAAUUCAGUGAUCUCAGUGAUAUUGAUGUACAGCCAGUCAAACACAGUGAAAGGUCUCGGCGUCCGAUCUCCAGCGGCAGAAAACGGGAUGUGAACGACAUCACGCUCUCUGAUCUAGAACUCGAUGACACUUUCCCGCCAAAAACACCGGAUGUAGUUAAUUUAACGCAAAAAGUGCUGAACCAUUACUUCCCGAAGAAAAUGAGCAGCACGCAACGCAUUUUUAGGUGGUUAGCUGACUGUGAGGAAAAGUCGUCAGGUUCGACAUUACCGGCACACUUACCAAAUAUAACAGUUACCAGUAGGCCGCACUUGCAAUCGCCGCAACUAGAGACGAUGUAAUAAAAACACGUUUAAUGUUUUGAAAAGUGUUUGUAGCUAUAUAAACCCUUAUGGGAUUCCGCAUCGGUAGUCUCAAAGGACG